UUCUACUUUCUGUGACUCUUGCCAUCGCCUGGUAUCGGGCGAACGUAAUCUUUGCCAGAUUACUAACUCUUCUAUGUUCUAUGCUGAUGUUUGCGCGGGACAUCUUGUUACUAUUUUACCCUCUGCCCAUUUGCAAACCGGAUCUAUGAUAUCUACCGUGACGUACGGCCGUCAGUGAUGUUAAGCGGACCCAGUGCAGACUUUCACACACUCUCUCGGACAUCCUGCUAAGAUGUCUUACUGCCUACAUGCCUAGAUGGACCAUUAAUGUAUGCCACAUAUCCUUGUCUUGACAGUUUGAGUCAAAGCAGUAUGGAUACGUCAAGAACUGUGCAUUUGAAAUCGUUGGGGAAACAAUGAAACGGCGAUGGUAUAAAGACCCUUCGAUCUCGCUUUAUAUCCUCACUAUACGCCUUUCACGCCCGCGUUAGCGCUUGUGUUCAUCUAUGUCUCUAUUGUUGCUGGAUCUAGCGACCAACUCAGUGUGUGCAUGUAUCACGGUCAUGAUAUGGGACAUAUUGAUCAAUCUCUCAGAGGAGAUUAAAUACAUCUGGUGUGCGAGGAGCACCUGGACAAAAUGGUGCUAUAUAUACAUUCGUUAUUCUCCUAUAUUCGCGGUGGGGAUGACUCUGGUCAAUAUCACGAGUCCGUUCACGGGCCUUACCUUGUCGGCCACGCAAUGCAGGGCGUUGGUCCUCUCCUGCGAGUUGGCCUUAGACACCAUGAUAUGGGUGGUCGAUGCCACGCUCAUAGCAAGAGUCUAUGCAAUCUAUAACAGGAGCCAGGUUAUAUUGCGAAUGCUCCUUUUCCUCUUGGCCUCUGAAGCUGUGGUAAUGGUAGUAGCCCAAGUAAUUGUCGUACCUAAAAUGGCCGUGUCCGAAAUCUGUCUGACCUUCAACUGUUUGCGCAACUUCCAACAUUCGUAUACCAGCCACACGUUACUGUAUCGCAUUGUGGUGGAUGGAACGUGGGCAUUUGCGCUGAUUUUCGCCGUUCUUCUACUCAAUACUUCGAUGUUCGCGCUCAAUAUAACCGGGGUCCCACCUUUUGUUUGUUUCAUAGCUGCCUACGUAGUCUUUUCAUUAGCAGGUUCUCAUCUGCAAUUGAACAUUCGUAGGCAAGCCAAUAGUACUUCGGGACCGACUACUGGAUCCGUCUACACCGACAUGGUAUUCCAACGUGUUGUCGAAGACACUUCGAUACGCACCGCUCCUAAUUAUACCACAUCAGGGCGGCCAGAUGUUUGAACCUAACAGGAGGAUUUUCCCGCACCUUUUCCACGACGUCUUAAUUAUACCUAUCCUUAGACCAACUACGGCAGUAAUGCGUGUUCAAGAUUGCAAUCGGUACAAAUGUAUUCAUACAAAUACAACUUCAAAGGGAACCUUCCUCG